AUUCAGCUUUGCGACAGACUACAUCCUCCUCGACGACAUCUUCUCCGCCGCUCUCCUCGCCUCCAUCUGCGUGUAGACGCCCAUUCGCUCCUCACCGCAGCGCAUACAGAGUCAUCCCCUCGUAGACCUCGAUCUUCAGCGCGCCUCUGGACCAUUAUGUCCGUCGACCUCAACCCUCACGCCCAGCUGGGCUUCCCUCGCCCUUUGACGCAGCUGGUCAAGCGAUCGCUCCAAGUCUCCAACCCAAACCAGCAGCCCGUCGCUUUCAAGGUCAAGACGACGGCGCCCAAGCAGUACUGCGUCCGACCCAACAGCGGCAGGAUUGAGCCAGGAGAGACCGUCGAGGUCCAGGUGCUCCUCCAGGCCAUGAAGGAGGAACCCCCCAUGUCUGCCAAGUGCAGAGACAAGUUCCUCGUGCAAUCCACUAUCAUCACGCCCGACCGCGAGAACACGCAGAUCGCGGACCUCUGGGGCCUCGUCGAACAAGAGGACAAGUCUGCCAUCCACGAACAAAAGAUCCGCUGCGCCUUCCUACCCCCAGCUACAGCGCCCGUCCCAGAGGAGCAAGAGGAGACGGGCGAUGCUACCAACGGCGGCGCAGACGACAAGUACCAGACGGUCCGCAGUAACCCGAAUGGCUCGGAGACGUACAACCCUAUCACUGCUGCUUCGAAUGCAGCGGCCAAGAACCAGGACGCACCCGUUACCGAAAAGGGUCGAGCCGCCGCUGCUGCCGCUGGGGGCGCAGCAGUCGCUGGUGCUGGAGCAGCUUACGCUGCUACCAGGAGCGCCGUUGUUGGUUCGGGCUCCUCGGCGCAGAAGAAUGGCGGUGGUUCAUCGACCGAGCCUGCCUCUACCGAUGGGAAGAGCAGUCAGGAACUGCAGGCCGAGAUCAACAGGCUGCGCAGCCAAGUUGCGGAGCUGAAGAGGAAGAACGUCGGUGGAGAGCAAGGCGUCGCAUCUGAUGCGGGCGUGCCGGUGCACAUUGUGGCUGCGAUUGCGUUUGGCGUCUUUGCCGUUACGUACCUCUUCUUCUAAGGCGGCGACGAUGGGCAGGCAGCAGUGACGAAGGCGGGGUGCAGGAGGUAAGGCCUGAAAGGGAGGAGGAAGGGCAGCGCAGCGCUGGUACGGCAGAGACGCCAGGAAGGGGGGACGCAGGCUGCGAGCACGGCAGGCUAAAAGGGACGGGGGCGGAGGCCGUAGCAGGGAAUAGUCUCUCAUCAGUCGAUACCGUGGCCACGAGUAUGCAGGGGCGAGAGGUACCCUGCUCGUUGGCACGCUCUGCUCUGCAGGGUCAAAGACAAGGCAGGCGCGCCUCUGCCGCUCAAACUUCGAUAACCCCAUUUCUACAUCUCCGCCCUCUUCCUAGCACAACGAGCGCUCACUUAGUUUCUCUCUUUCUCUUUCUAUACGAAUUCGAUUCCAUUCCCGAUUACAAUCCCC